GUUUUUGGUUUUUUUGUAUUGCAUUACACAAUUCACAGAUGUGACACUGUGAUGUGGGACCUCCUUAACCCUUGCAUUUAAACAGAGGGACCUGUGGCUGCGUUGAGCACAGCACACACAGUUAUCUGCAUCACACUGACUCAGUAUACCAAUAUGGACAUACCACGCGAUUCCUAUGCAAAUUCAGUAUGCAAUGGAUUCUCUCCUUCUCAAAAGAAGGCGGUCUGUUUGUUGGUACAAGGUCAUGGACAGGAAGUAUUAAACGUACUGCAGGCCUUUAGAGAGCAACAGAUAUUUUUUGACUUCAACAUAACUGUGAAAGAUCAACUAAUGCCUUGUCAUCGAUGUGUGCUGGCUGCAAGCAGUGACUUUUUCAGAGCCAUGUUUGAAGUCAAUAUGAAAGAACGAGAUGAUGGAAAUGUAAACAUCAGCAAUUUAACGCCCACUGCUGUAAAGGCAUUUCUUGAUUAUGCCUAUUCUGGACAAGCAGAGAUAACAGAGGAAAAUGUAGACAUGCUUUUCCAGAUGUCGUCAUUUUUUCAGGUUCCCCUUCUUUCAAAAGCAUGCAGUGAUUUCUUAAUAAAAUCUAUUGAUAUACAUAAUUGCUUGCAGUUGCUGUCAAUAUCGGAGAGUUACGGUUCAUCACGCUUGUUUGAACGUGCCUUAGAAUUUUCCCUGGAGCAUUUUUCUUUAAUAACACAGUCAACAGAUUUUUUAGAAUUGAAUAUUGGGGUGCUGGAAAAAUGCCUGCAACAUGAUAACCUAAAUGUUCCUGAAGAAGAAUUUGUGUUGUCUGCGGUUUUGGCCUGGACGAAGCGCCAUUUGGAUAAGCGGGAGAGGUAUCUUCCACAGUUACUAAGCAAAGUGAGAUUACAUCAACUAUCUCAAGCCACAUUGCAAGCACUGCUAGUCUCUGAGGAGCAAUUAUUAAAAGGCACAAAUUGUUUCUCAACAAUAAAUUCUGCAAUAAAAUCUGUGCAACAGUCAGGGGGAUUAUUUCCUGAUGCUCGUGUUUCUACAACUGAAAAAUACAUUUUUGUCCAUAAAACUAUAGAAGAUGCAGAAACUCAACACACCUUUUGCUAUAGUAUAAAAACUGAUACAUGGUCAGAACCUCCACAAAUUCAUAUUGUAGACCUCCCCGGUUCAAGUAUAUCUAGCUAUGCAGAAAAGCUUUUUAUAACUGGAGGCUGCAAAGGGAAUUGUUGUAGGGCAGUGAGACUUCACAUUGCUGAAUCUUAUCAUGAUGCUACUGACCAAACUUGGUGCUAUUGUCCGGCUACCAAUAUUUCAUCCUUGGUUCCAGCCAUGAAGAAACCUAGGACAAUGCAUGCAUCUGUGAUGACACUUAACCAAUUAUUUGUAAUAGGAGGUAAAACUAGAGGUGCACAGGACACCAGAAGUCUUCUAGACGUUGAAGCUUAUAAUCCUCUUAGCAGAGAAUGGAAAUCAGUAAGUCCAUUGCCAAGAGGAAUAUACUAUCCAGAAGCAAGUGCUUGCAAAACUGUCAUUUACGUCCUCGGUUCUGAAGUUGAAAUGACAGAUGCUUUCAACCCUUCGCUUGACUGUUUCUUUAAGUACAAUGCCGAUACAGAUCAGUGGUGUGAACUUGUAGCAGAGUUUGGACAGUUCUUCCAUGCAACCUUAAUCAAAGCAGUUCCAGUCAACAAUACACUGUACAUCUGUGAUCUUUCGACAUACAAAGUUUAUAGCUUUUGCCCAGAGACUUGUGUGUGGAAAGGGGAAGGCUCUUUUGAAUGUGCUGGCUUUAAUGCAGGAGCCGUUGGAAUUGAAGAUAAAAUUUAUAUACUAGGAGGAGAUUAUUCUCCAGAUGAAAUCACUGAUGAAGUUCAAGUAUACCAUAGCAACAGAUCUGAGUGGGAGGAAGUUUCUCCUAUGCCACAAGCUUUAACUGAAUUUUAUUGUGAAGUAAUCCAAUUCAAUAAGUGCAGAGAUCCAUGGGGUAGAAGUAAUUUGUAGUUACAGAUCAAUCAGUUGUUGACAGAUCUGUUUCUUUUGCUUUUAAUGCAUGUUAGCAUUCAACCUCCAUUUGCUUUCUUCUCAUCUAAGGUUACUUAGCCACAAACCUUCAUACUAUUUAUGUUGUACUUCCACAGAUUGUGGAUUUAUCUGGGCAAAGUGGGCAUUAAAGUGAUACUAUAGGCACCCAAAACACUUCAGUUUAUUGAAGGGGUCUGGGUACAGAGUCCAUAUUGCCCUUAGUUUUGCAAUGUCAAACAUGUAGGUCACUUAACUCUGUGUUCUCCAACCCAAUCCUCAUGGACCACCAAUAGUCCAGGUUUUGUCAGUAUCUCCAUUGGAAUAAAACGGAGAAAUACUUAACUCCUGGACUCACACUCUGCAUGAGGACAUCAAGCAUCAGUGAGUGAAAACCCCAAUGGAAAUCAUUGAUUCAAUGAUUUUCUAUGGGGAGGACCUAAUGCGCUCACCAUGCAUGUGCAUUAGGCCCUCAACCCCGUCAACUGACCCUGUAGAAGGAGGUUGAGCGCAGUGGAGUCAGGUAAGUGUUAAAAAGGUUUUUAACCCUUUAUUGGGGGUAAGGGGCUGUGAGGGAAGGGAAGCGCAGAAGGAACUAUAGUGUUAGUUAUACAACUUUGUAUUCCACAAACUAUAUUCCAAGUAUUC